ACUAGAAACUAUCCAAUUCACUCCUAUGUAUAUCAACUGUAUUCGCCAUGUCAGCUUUUAAGCUGCUUCAUUGAUGCGCGUGAGCUGUUUCCGAACAGAUUUUUGGACAGUUACGGUAUUUAUAUCCUGUUCAACUACACUUUUACUUUAAUUUCUUCAUGCUAACUUCUACCUGACUGGUAUUUGCAAAAUAUGUUGUGCAAGGUAGUACGCUUGUAGAACAUAGUAUUGUGAACUAUCCGAGUUACAAUGUACAUUUCUUAAUUCAAGUAUUAUUUAGCGCUCAUUAAGCCUGUCCCCAUAUUAGACAGGGUCGUAAUGUGAGUCGUGUUCAGUUUUUUCAGGAUUAAGUUUCGUUUUUCUCGUAUGUUACGUACUGCAACAUCUAUAGGGCGUCAUAGAUUUCAAGUUUCUUGUUAUUCAAAAAUUGGUGACUGAUUUAUUUCAAAGGGAUUCGGAUUUUCCACUCAGAUACGAUUAUCAGUGUUUUCAUCUCAAGUUAACCAGGUUUUCUUUUCUUGAAAGAUGCAGACUUGAACAAUGAUUUCAAGGAAGCGAUCAUAUACAUCACGUUCUCGUUCCAAGUCAUCUGGAUUCGGUUCCCCAAGACGAAAAAAUAGAUCCAGAUCCAAGGAACGCUAUGCACCUUAUUCUUCAAUGUGGGAAAGGAGUAGAGAGAGAUCCCAUUCGAAAAAAUUCGACUGUAGUCCUCGACGCUCAGUCAGCCCUGCUGAACAAAAGUCGAGGUCCUCAAGACUUAAGAAACCUGAAAUACAAUCAAGUAUAAAUCCGAUCACAGAUUUCCAGACUGGAGGUGUAAGGACUACUACACGUCGUUCACAUUCACCAAUAACUUUGACAGAACGUUUUACUCGACUUACUAAUUCAGGGACAGCUGUAUACAAUAAAUGCAGGUAUGGUCGUUUUGGAGAUAACCAUCGUCUUCCACACCUUAUACUUACUAAUAAUACAAAACUGCCUCCAGCCACGCUAAUGCGUCAGGCAAAGGAAAUCUCAAUUGUUAUAGAACGCACUUUUCCAGUUGAUGUGAAUUUAUCACAUUUGGAAAAGUCCGAAACAUUUGAUGUUCGAAUUAGUGAAGUGAAAAUACCACGUCGUCCGAACGAAGGUCAUAAAGCUGUUUUUGAUCUUCCUGGAAUCAAAUUUUAUAACACCGUAGCUGAUGAAGCUCUCAUAUACAAACGUUUAGCAGAUACAAUUUCAUCUGCAAGUUCACGCAAGAAGAAAAAACCCAAUCAUUCGGAAACCAAACGAGAAAGUGAGUAUCAUGACAUAAGUCAUUUUACAGGUCCUGGUCGAUUUUAUGGCAGUCGUGUUGAUGAACGCUUAAUGGAUUCAAAGCGUAAAACUCCGAGAGGUCAAUCCUAUUAUCUCCAUGACGAUAGAGCAGACGAUGGAUAUGGAACGAGACGCCGAUUGAACAAUUCUCGAUCCGAUCGUUUAUAUUCUUCCAGCUAUCAACGAGAUCGUCGAUCCCGUCGCCUUUCACCCUCACCAUCCCGAUCACGCCCGUCGCGUUCCGAUUUAACAUCGAGAAAGUGGCUCCAUGAUAAGUUCGAAGAGAUAGAAAAAGACAAUUCAUCGCAAAAACCAGUCCCAAUGCCUGUCCCUGCUCCAAAACCAAUCCUGUGGUCUACUAUUGGAAAAGAAAUCAACGGCAAGAAAACUGUCUUAAGUGACGAUCAAAACUAUAGUCCAAACAGUGCCGCUAAUCAAUCUCCAAUAACUGAUAGCAAUGACAAUCGAAUCGGUUCGCCUAAGACGAAGGCACAAACAGACGCGAGUAAUACACAAGUGAACAGUAGUAAUACCAAGGUAUCCAAUAAAGAUGAUCAAUACAAUAGUGAGGUUAUUCAUUUGGAUGUGGAUCAAGUGUUUGAUGAAAGCAUGGAACAAUAAUCUUAUUUGUUUUAUUUGUACAGGAAGCAUCGCAAAUUAAGCAUUUCGUUUUGUUGUAAUCAUUUAUUGUGUCGCAUUUGAGAAUGCGUUACUUGUACAUCCAACUUGUUUAUAUAUGAGCGACUUAAAACCUUGAUUUUAAAGAAGGCAAACCGUUGGAUUUUUAUUUGACUUCAUAUUGGAAUGAGAUGAUCGUUACCGAAACUAAACCAUUUAUCGCAUUGUGGUUAGCGGGCAUAACAUCAUAGUGGGUGGUUAUUUUGCGCAUACGUUUG